CACAGCCUCCUCACACAGAUCAAACGGAACUGUGAGAGUCAUGUCAACUAUUGACUGUAACUGAGUAAAGUCUCUUAUAUCACAACAGAGGAGUCUAGCUGAGCUAUCCUGUACGCCAGAAGUGUGUGGACAGUAUUUACAGUAUGAUGCUGAUUAUCUAAGGAUCAGAGAAUAUAUAUUGGACAUGGAUUGGACCUUGUGGAUUUCCAUUCUUGCCCUCCUGAGCACCUCGGACUACGUGUCAGGUAAAGACCUACUGAAGCCAGUCAAUCUGACGGUGGACAUAUGGGACGGGGAGGUGACGUUGCUCUGGGACUCCCCUGAAGGGGCACCGCCACUGGCUCAGUACCAGGUGCAGAUGGCCAGGUAUGUCAAUAGUAAUUGGACCAACGUGACCAGCUGUGACAGGACCCAGCUGACAUAUUGUGACCUGUCCUACCUUAUCGGUGACUUCUUCAUGGUCUACAAGGUCCGGGUUCGACUGGUCACUGAGAACAGCAUCUCUGCAUGGUCACGGGGGAAGAAGUUCAACCCCAGAGAAAGUAAACUGCAGCAUCCCUCCAGUACACUGUUGGCCACCUCCAGUUCAGUAACAGUCCGUGUUCACAGGAAGCCAUUACUAAAAAAGAUCUUCCCAUUUGGCCUGACUUAUACUAUCUACCUACAGGGAAGAGGGCCGGACAACAAGACCGUUGUCAUUCAAUUGAAGGAUGAAGACGACGAGGAUACGGCGGAGGUUCGGUUUACGUCUCUUCAUUGGGGACAGGAGUACUGUGUCUGCCUCAAAGUUGCAGGCAACGGAGGACAAUUCACCAGUGAGGUCUCCCCUGAACAGUGCCUCCUGCUGCCAGAGCAAGAGUGGUAUAUCCUUGCUGUGGUGUCCUUCUCCACCCUAAGCGUGAUGGGGGUCUUGGUCAUGCUGGCCCUUUGCUGCUUCCUGAGGCGCCCUGAGAAAAUGCCUGUUGCACUGAAAUCCACAGGCAGUGGCUGGCAGCCUCUCUGUGUGGGAGAUGUCCCAGUGGAGAUCGUCACAGACAAAGGCUGGUUCAUGAGCACCGCCAGAACUGAUGCCAUGGUCUGGUUGGCCGACGAAAGGACUACUCUAGCAGGCAAGGGAGAGCAGGAAGAAGGAGAGGACAGAAGGACGAGUCUGGGCAGUGGGGAUUGCACUAAAUCACACAUUUCUGGGAAUGGAAACGGAAAGAGCCCGGAAAAGCAAGAAGACAGUGGCUGUGGAAGCCUGGGAGCACCAGAGAGUGCCAUCAGCAGCAGGAGUGGAACUGGAGAGCCCCCCCUGCUGGAUAGGAGGAUUAACAUAAACAUCAGCCUGAAAGAGGACAGUGGGGUGGGGCUGGGCUGCCAGUUAGGGUGUGCUGGGAGUCUACAGGGGGACGACUGUGGAAUCUUGCCUGGGAUGGUAAUGGUCACAGGGGAUGGCUACCGGAGCCAGAGUCCCUCUUCGGUGGACUCUCAUUUUACUGAGACAGAGCAGAGUUUUCAACAAAUCUCAUGUGAAACAAUUAUGGCUGAUCCUGUUGUGGGAUACAGGUCAGGUCACAUGGCAUGUGUUUGUUUAGGGGCAAGCCAAUGUGUUUGGUGCCAGACAAGAAGACACUGUGAGGAGAGUGUCGGUGGACAGUCUGUAGUCCUGUUUAGUUUGACAGAGGAGCAACUAAACCGCAGCAGUCUCACAGGAGACAUGUGUGAGAUGGAAUCUCCAUGCUCCAGCUAUAAAACGAACAAUCUCCACAUAGAAACGGUGGUGAACUUGGAGGACUCAGUAACCUUUUCCCACCUGCCUACAUGCAUCGGUGAAUCCUUUCCACUCCUGACGGCUUUAUCAGAGUUGCCCCCGGCGGAGGGAGGACUGAACUGCAGCGUGAACACUAUGCUUCCUUCUCUGGGUGAUUUGGAAGUGACAUUUGGUUGACAUGGUCCACAUAUGGAGGACACUGUGUGACACACAGAAGAGUUGGUUUAGCAAUACAGAUUGUGGGGAGUCAUGCAAUAUGUCUACAAGCCCUUUGUAUGCCAUUUCAAGUAAACAGUCCUUUUCCUAACUGAAAAAAGAAAAUCAGCAACCAUAAUUCUAAUUGUAGCUAUUUAAAUAUUUUUUGGAGCCUUUUUUGUUACCUUUUGUGAAUAAAUUACCAUGUUUCUUCACUUUAGUUAACUCUGAGGAGUCACUUAAAGCAGUCACUGACAUUGUCAACUAUUAUUGACAAAGUUCUGUGCGGCAGAAAGAACUUUGGUUGAGCUUAUUUUCAAAACAGCACACAGCUGUUGGCUGCUGGCUGCCGCUAUUUGGUGGGUCUUUAGAGAUUUGAGCAGGAGAUGGGAAACCCCCCUUCUGACACCCCUUCACCCAUUUCAACUGACAAGAAGCAUUUCACCAGAAGUGAAACAAGUGUGGGAGGAAAAAGGAGGGAAACGGUUUUGUCUCGGCAGAUGGGGCGACAGGGUGGAUUAUAACAACAUUGCAAAGGUCAUCAUCAUAAAGGAUUCUACAAGCUCUCUGUGAAAACAAGUUUUAUAAGUUAAAAUGUUGAGAUAUUUAUCAACGUUGGUCAGACUCAUCUGGUGAGUUUUCCACAGAAAGUGCUCACAUUUGACCACAUAACCCCCACUAUAGAUAGCUACAGCGUAGAAAAGGGGAGCCAAAACUGCGUGCACCGCAACCCGAGAGAUCAUUUGAUCAAUUUACAAAGAAAACAACCAUAUCUCUUUCUAUUGUGUGGUUUAUAGGUCAAUUAUUACUAAUAACUGCAGCUACUGAAAGUCAAACAGAAUGUCGUUUGGAUCUAGUCCGCUGACGAUAGCUGUGAAAAUGUUUUAACUGUGACUGGGUUUUCCUAUAUUUACUGGCCUUUGGACUUCCCAAUCCUGUGUUCAUUACACGUUCUACAUAUUUACACAAAUAAUGUAUUUAUGAACUGUGUUCAUCUGAAGUCACAUUGUAUUUUGUUUUGUGUUCUUUUUCUGAGUAAGGAUCUGAUAGUUUCUGUUUAUUCAUCUCAGUAUGUAAAGAGCAUACAGACAGUGGUUGAAUGGGGGUAAACAGAUACACAGUAUGUGAAUGCGGUUAAACAGACAUACAGUAUGUGAAUGGGGUUAAACAGACAUACAGUAUGUGAAUGGGGUUAAACAGACAUACAGUAUGUGAAUGGGGUUAAACAGACAUACAGUAUGUGAAUGGGGUUAAACAGACAUACAUUAUGUGAAUGAGGUUAAACAGACAUACAGUAUGUGAAUGGGGUUAAACAGACAUACAGUAUGUGAAUGGGGUUAAACAGACAUACAGUAUGUGAAUGGGGUUAAACAGACAUACAGUAUGUGAAUGGGGUUAAACAGACAUACAGUAUGUGAAUGGGGUUAAACAGACAUACAGUAUGUGAAUGGGGUUAAACAGACAUACAGUAUGUGAAUGGGGUUAAACAGACAUACAGUAUGUGAAUGGGGUUAAACAGACAUACAGUAUGUGAAUGGGGUUAAACAGACAUACAGUAUGCGAAUGGGGUUAAACAGACAUACAGUAUGUGAAUGGGGUUAAACAGACAUACAGUAUGCGAAUGGGGUUAAACAGACAUACAGUAUGUACGCUAUGUGAAGUAGCACUCAAUAUCUGUAUAAUAUACAGCGGAGCGAAAGUAUGAGUCAGUCAAAAUGAUGAAAAAGGACAGAGUGGGACGGUAGAUGAAACCUCCUCCAGCAUGACAUGGCAUAUCACAGAGAUACAGCAGGAAUUCCACACAUGCAAAAAUAAUGAUACUGGGGAAAUUCUGAAUUCGAUGAGCGGUUUUCCAAAUUAGAUUCUCAACUAGAUCAGCGGUUGCACAGAAUAGAUAGACACUUCCUCUUUCGGUCUCCCCCUAAGUCUCUAACACUACUCAUAAUGUUUUUAUCAGGGGAACACCUUAUCAAAUGACAAGCAGACAACUCCUACUAUAUUAAUUCACCAACAUACAUACAACACCCUUUACACAUUAUAUCAUAGUUUUAUUGAAAUAGAAAAGAUCAGAAUUGAGUACAGGUAUUUGGACCAUACAUUUCAGUUGAUGGCAUUCAGUUGUACAACUGACUAGGUAUCCCCCUUUCCUAUUUGCACUUUCUCACUAAAAUCAAGAAGACACUUGACAUUACCACUUGACAUUACCAGAAUUAAUGUAGUCCUCACAUGCUGAAUUUUAACUGUCAUUUCACAUGUAUCAAACAUAUGGAAUACAAUUUCUACAUACUGUGACACAUCGCCCUGGUGGUACACCUAUAGGCCCUAUCUGUGACCUGUAGAGCAGCCAUGAGGGUGAGGAGCUAUUGUCUGCCCUAAAAGGGAGAAGAGAUUUUAGAUUACUUGGUAUAUCAACUGUUAUGGUAAACACACUGCCUUAAACUCUCACCACCACAAGAAUAACACUCCAACUCGCUUAACCACAGAUACAAAAAGCCUAACUUUUCUUUUCAACGUCUAAUAAGGUUCUUUGAAACUCCCACAACACCUCCGCCAGGUUUCCAAAAUUGCUAUGGGUUUCACAGAAAACAGCAGGGUCGAAGGGGGAAAUGGGCAGAUUAAAAUACAUCAUGCUGUAUGUAUGGCAUUGGGAAGGACCAUUAGUAUGUAAACAUAUUGGUGACAUGUACAGUAGUGCAACAUUUCCCAAGAAAAGCUGCUGUAUAUCAGAGACCCUCUCCCUCGUCCGAGCAAACUGAUGAUCUGCCUACUGUGAAUAUAUUAACCCUGAUUAUCAACAUAGAUCCAGUGUUCUAUGCAAUUCUGUACAUGUAAUGCGCUCGUCGAUCUCCGUUCUGUCACACACACACAGGGGAAAGGCCACAAGGUCUUAGAGGAAGAUAGCCAGUCAAUAUCAGAAAGGGAAAUAUUUUCAAUAUAUGUCAACUACACCAUACUGUAUAAGAAAACCAAGGCUUCAACGAAAUACGAUCCACUUUCUUUUUUAAAUUACUUUACCCACACACAGUCACACAUUUAUUUACAAAUGAGCGUUAUCUGUCAUUAACAGAUACACUUGAUACCAGAACAGAACGGGUAUGGAAACAUAUACAGUGCCUUGCGAAAGUAUUCGGCCACCUUGAACUUUGCGACCUUUUGCCACAUUUCAGGAUUCAAACAUAAAGAUAUAAAACUGUAUUUUUUUGUGAAGAAUCAACAACAAGUGGGACACAAUCAUGAAGUGGAACGACAUUUAUUGGAUAUGAACUGAAAAAUUGGGCGUGCAAAAUUAUUCAGCCCCCUUAAGUUAAUACUUUGUAGCGCCACCUUUUGCUGCGGUUACAGCUGUAAGUCGCUUGGGGUAUGUCUAUCAGUUUUGCACAUCGAGAGACUGAAAUUUUUUCCCAUUCCACCUUGCAAAACAGCUCGAGCUCAGUGAGGUUGGAUGGAGAGCAUUUGUGAACAGCAGUUUUCAGUUCUUUCCACAGAUUCUCGAUUGGAUUCAGGUCUGGACUUUGACUUGGCCAUUCUAACACCUGGAUAUGUUUAUUUUUGAACCAUUCCAUUGUAGAUUUUGCUUUAUGUUUUGGAUCAUUGUCUUGUUGGAAGACAAAUCUCCGUCCCAGUCUCAGGUCUUUUGCAGACUCCAUCAGGUUUUCUUCCAGAAUGGUCCUGUAUUUGGCUCCACCCAUCUUCCCAUCAAUUUUAACCAUCUUCCCUGUCCCUGCUGAAGAAAAGCAGGCCCAAACCAUGAUGAUCACCAUGUUUGACAGUGGGGAUGGUGUGUUGUGGUUGAUGAGCUGUGUUGCUUUUACGCCAAACAUAACAUUUUGCAUUGUUGCCAAAAAGUUCAAUUUUGGUUUCAUCUGGCCAGAGCACCUUCUUCCAUAUGUUUGGUGUGUCUCCCAGGUGGCUUGUGGCAAACUUUAAAAGACACUUUUUAUGGAUAUCUUUAAGAAAUGGCUUUCUUCUUGCCACUCUUCCAUAAAGGCCAGAUUUGUGCAAUAUACAACUGAUUGUUGUCCUAUGGACAGAGUCUCCCACCUCAGCUGUAGA